AUGGCGAACUUGGGAGGCGGUGCGGAAGCGCAUGCCAGGUUCAAGCAGUACGAGUACAGAGCCAAUUCUAGUCUGGUGCUAACCACUGACAAUCGUCCUCGCGAUACUCACGAGCCUACAGGAGAACCGGAAACUCUGUGGGGGAAAAUCGAUCCUAGAUCCUUUGGAGACCGUGUUGCCAAGGGAAGGCCUCAGGAGCUGGAGGAUAAGCUUAAAAAGUCUAAGAAGAAGGAGCGUGAUGUUGCGGAUGAUACGGGUUCAGCUCGGCAGAGCAAGAGGCGUCGUCUUAGAGAAGAGAGUGUCCUCACGGAUACGGAUGAUGUGGUUUACCAGCCCAAGACUAAAGAGACAAGGGCUGCUUAUGAGGCUAUGCUUAGUCUUAUUCAGCAGCAGUUGGGUGGGCAACCUCUGAAUAUUGUUAGUGGUGCGGCGGAUGAGAUCUUGGCUGUUCUCAAGAACGAAGCAGUAAGAAACCCUGAAAAGAAGAUGGAGAUCGAGAACUUGCUCAACCCUAUUCCUGGUCCGGUUUUCGAUCAGCUUGUUUCCAUUGGGAAAUUGAUCACCGACUUUCAAGAGGGUGGCGAUUCUGGUGGUGGUAAUGCAAAUGAGGAUGAAGGGCUUGACGAUGACCUGGGUGUGGCUGUCGAGUUUGAGGAGAAUGAAGAAGACGACGAGGAGAGUGAUCCUGAUAUGGUUCAAGAGGAAGAUGACGAGGAGGAUGAAGAACCUCAGAGAACGGGAAGUAUGCAGGUGGGUGCAGGGAUUAAUGACGAGGAUGCAGGAGAUGCAAAUGAGGGUACGAAUCUGAACGUUCAGGACAUUGAUGCGUAUUGGCUCCAAAGAAAGAUAUCUCAAGCUUAUGAACAGCAGAUUGACCCACAACAGUGCCAGGUACUCGCAGAAGAGCUGCUUAAGAUACUCGCUGAAGGGGAUGAUAGGGAUGUUGAGAACAAGCUGCUCGUGCACCUUCAGUUUGAAAAAUUUAGCCUUGUUAAAUUUCUGCUGCGGAACCGCCUUAAAGUUGUGUGGUGCACCCGUCUGGCCAGGGCAGAAGACCAGGAUGAGAGGCAUCAGAUUGAAGAGGAGAUGAUGGGGUUGGGCCCAGAGUUGGCGGCAAUUGUGGAGCAAUUGCAUGCAACAAGAGCAACAGCGAAAGAGAGGGAGGAGAACCUGCAAAAAAGUAUUAAUGAAGAAGCCCGGCGUUUGAAGGACGAAACUGGUGGAGAUGGAGGCAGAGGCAGGAGAGAUGUUGCUGAUAGAGAUUUAGAGAGUGGUUGGUUGAAGGGUCAGCGUCAGAUGCUGGACCUGGAGAACUUGGCUUUUGACCAAGGUGGUCUCUUGAUGGCGAAUAAGAAGUGUGAACUUCCCAAAGGAUCUUACAGAACUCAUGGCAAGGGAUAUGAUGAAGUUCAUGUGCCAUGGGUUACUGAAAAAGGGGAUAUAAAUGAGAAGCUAGUGAAGAUCUCCGAAAUGCCACAUUGGGCCCAACCUGCUUUUAAGGGAAUGCAGCAGUUGAACAGGGUUCAGAGCAAAGUGUAUCAUACUGCGCUGUUCGAGGCAGAGAACCUUCUUCUUUGUGCUCCAACUGGUGCUGGGAAAACCAAUGUUGCUAUGCUCACCAUACUGCAGCAACUGGAAAUGCAUAGGAACAAAGAUGAUGACACAUAUAACCAUGGGGAUUACAAAAUUGUCUACGUUGCACCCAUGAAAGCUCUUGUUGCUGAGGUCGUCAGUAAUUUGUCUAAUCGUCUGAAGGAUUAUGGAGUUACUGUGAGGGAACUCAGUGGGGAUCAAUCGCUUACCGGGAAAGAAAUUGAGGAGACUCAGAUAAUUGUUACAACGCCAGAGAAGUGGGAUAUCAUCACCAGGAAGUCUGGAGAUCGUACUUAUACUCAGCUUGUGAGACUUCUUAUAAUCGAUGAAAUUCAUCUUCUUCAUGAUAAUCGAGGGCCUGUGCUUGAAAGCAUUGUAGCUAGGACUAUUAGGCAGAUUGAAACCACGAAGGAGAACAUUCGUCUGGUGGGUUUAUCAGCUACACUGCCAAAUUAUGAAGAUGUGGCCUUAUUUUUGCGGGUUGAUCUUAAGAAAGGGUUGUUUAAGUUUGACCGCAGCUAUAGACCCGUGCCUCUCCAUCAGCAGUAUAUUGGAAUCAGUGUUAAAAAACCGCUGCAGAGGUUCCAAUUGAUGAAUGAUUUAUGUUAUCAGAAAGUAUUGGCUGGUGCUGGAAAGCACCAGGUUCUUAUUUUUGUUCAUUCGAGGAAGGAAACAUCAAAAACUGCAAAUGCAAUAAAGGACACCGCAAUGGCGAACGAUACCCUCAGCAGAUUCUUGAAAGAAGAUAGUGUAAGUCGUGAACUUCUUCAGAGUCAGGUUGAGAUUCUUAAGAACAGUGACCUGAAAAAACUUCUGCCUUUCGGUUUUGCAAUUCAUCAUGCUGGGUUAACAAGGGGUGAUCGUGAGAUAGUAGAGGGCCUUUUUGCUGCAGGGCAUGUGCAAGUCUUGAUUUCCACAGCAACUCUCGCCUGGGGUGUAAAUUUGCCUGCACAUACCGUCAUAAUUAAAGGAACCCAGGUUUAUAAUCCUGAGAAAGGGGCGUGGAUGGAACUGAGUCCUCUAGAUGUGAUGCAGAUGCUUGGUCGAGCUGGAAGACCUCAGUAUGAUAGCCAUGGGGAGGGUAUAAUUAUCACUGGCUACAGCGAACUGCAGUAUUAUCUCUCUUUGAUGAAUGAGCAACUACCUAUUGAAAGCCAGUUUAUUUCCAAACUUGCUGAUCAGCUUAAUGCUGAAAUUGUGCUUGGAACUGUUCAGAAUGCUAGAGAGGCUUGUCAUUGGCUUGGCUAUACGUAUUUAUAUAUCCGUAUGGUUCGUAAUCCAACGCUGUAUGGCUUAGCACCUGAUGCCCUUGCAAAAGAUGUAGUAUUGGAGGAGAGACGAGCUGACCUGAUACAUUCAGCUGCUACUAUCUUGGACAAAAACAGCUUGGUCAAGUAUGACAGGAAAAGUGGAUAUUUCCAAGUUACUGAUUUGGGCCGCAUUGCUAGCUACUACUAUAUAUCCCAUGGGACCAUAGCCACAUACAACGAACAUUUGAAGCCAACAAUGGGUGAUAUUGAUCUUUAUCGUCUUUUUUCACUGAGUGAUGAGUUCAAGUAUGUGACUGUUCGGCAAGAUGAGAAGAUGGAAUUGGCAAAACUUUUGGAUCGUGUCCCAAUUCCGAUCAAGGAAACUCUGGAGGAGCCCAGUGCAAAGAUUAAUGUUCUGCUACAGGCAUAUAUUUCACAGCUGAAGCUGGAGGGUCUUUCAUUGACAUCUGACAUGGUUUAUAUUACUCAGAGUGCUGGACGUCUUGUACGGGCUCUUUAUGAAAUCGUAUUGAAGCGGGGAUGGGCUCAACUGGCUGAGAAAACCCUGAACUUGUCUAAAAUGGUUGGGAAGAGAAUGUGGAGUGUCCAGACACCCCUUCGCCAGUUUCAUGGAAUUCCCAAUGAGAUUCUGAUGAAGUUGGAGAAGAAGGAUUUGGUGUGGGAGAGGUACUAUGAUCUAUCCGCACAGGAGCUAGGAGAGCUUAUUCGCAGUCCUAAGAUGGGCAGACCGCUUCACAAGUUCAUCCACCAGUUCCCAAAAGUGACUCUUGCAGCACAUGUGCAGCCUAUUACUCGAACUGUUCUGCGAGUAGACCUUACAAUUACACCUGAUUUCCUGUGGGAUGAAAAAGUUCAUAAAUAUGUUGAGCCUUUUUGGAUAAUUGUGGAAGACAAUGAUGGUGAGAAGAUCCUUCAUCACGAGUAUUUUCUUUUGAAGAAGCAGUAUGUUGAAGAGGACCACACUCUGAACUUCACUGUGCCAAUCUUUGAACCGCUGCCACCUCAGUAUUUUGUCCGAGUGGUUUCAGACAAGUGGCUUGGCUCGCAAACUGUGUUGCCUAUAUCUUUCAGACAUCUUAUUCUUCCAGAGAAGUAUCCACCAGCUACAGAGCUACUGGACUUGCAGCCCCUCCCAGUGACGGCACUUAGGAAUCCAAAUUAUGAGAGACUCUAUCAGGAUUUCAAGCACUUCAAUCCAGUGCAGACUCAGGUUUUUACUGUUUUGUAUAACACGAACGACAAUGUGUUGGUUGCUGCUCCGACGGGAAGUGGGAAGACUAUAUGUGCGGAGUUUGCUAUACUGAAGAAUCAUCAAGAAGGACCUGAUGCUACAAUGCGUGUUGUCUAUAUUGCACCGCUUGAGGCUAUUGCUAAGGAGCAGUUUCGUAUCUGGGAGAGGAAGUUUGGGAAGGGUCUUGGUUUACGGGUUGUUGAGCUAACUGGGGAGACUGCGUUGGAUCUUAAGCUGCUUGAGAAAGGUCAGAUAAUCAUAAGCACUCCUGAGAAAUGGGAUGCUCUUUCCCGCAGGUGGAAACAGAGAAAAUACGUUCAACAAGUUAGUCUUUUCAUUGUCGACGAGCUCCAUCUCAUUGAAGGUCAAGGUGGUCCAGUGCUGGAGGUAAUCGUCUCUAGAAUGAGAUACAUUUCAAGUCAGGGUAAGAAUAAGAUCAGGAUUGUUGCGCUUUCCACUUCCCUUGCAAAUGCAAAAGAUCUUGGGGAGUGGAUUGGGGCCAGUUCCCAUGGCCUUUUCAACUUCCCUCCUGGAGUACGUCCUGUUCCACUGGAGAUACACAUUCAAGGAGUGGACAUAUCCAAUUUUGAAGCCAGGAUGCAGGCAAUGACCAAGCCAACCUACACCGCCAUAGUCCAGCAUGCCAAGAACCAGAAGCCGGCUAUAGUUUUUGUCCCAACCCGUAAACAUGUCUGUUCGACUGCUGUGGAUCUGAUGGCUUACUCUCACGUGGACAAUCCGGAGAGCCCUGAUUUUCUGUUAGGGAAUUUGGAAGAAAUGGAAGCUUUUAUUGGCAGAAUCCACGAGGCAACACUGAAGGAGACACUGCGCCACGGUGUUGGGUACUUGCACGAAGGUUUAAGACGUCUGGAUCAGGAGAUUGUGACGCAGCUCUUUGAAGCUGGACGGAUUCAGGUUUGUGUGAUGAGCAGCUCAUUGUGUUGGGGGACUCCAUUAACUGCACAUCUGGUGGUCGUAAUGGGGACGCAGUAUUAUGAUGGAAGGGAAAAUUCACAUUCAGACUAUCCCGUCUCCGAUCUGCUUCAGAUGAUGGGGCGUGCUAGCCGACCUCUACUUGACAAUGCUGGGAAGUGUGUGAUAUUUUGUCAUGCACCGCGCAAAGAGUAUUACAAGAAGUUUCUGUAUGAAGCCUUCCCCGUGGAAAGUAACCUCCAGCAUUUCUUGCAUGAUAAUUUCAACGCAGAAGUGGUUGCUGGGGUUAUAGAGAACAAGCAAGAUGCUGUGGAUUAUAUUACAUGGACUUUCAUGUACAGGAGGCUUCCCCAGAACCCUAACUACUACAAUCUCCAAGGAGUUAGCCACAGGCAUUUGUCUGAUCACCUAUCAGAGCUUGUCGAGAACACCUUGUCUAAUCUAGAAGCCAGUAAAUGCAUUGAGGUAGAGGAUGAGAUGGAGCUCUCUCCUCUCAACCUGGGUAUGAUUGCUUCCUAUUAUUACAUCAGUUACACCACCAUCGAGCGUUUCAGUUCACUUUUGACUUCUAAAACCAAGAUGAAGGGACUUCUUGAGAUCUUAACAUCAGCCUCGGAGUAUGACAUGAUCCCUAUACGGCCAGGGGAAGAGGAGAGAGUUCGGAGGCUCAUCAAUCACCAGAGGUUCUCUUUUGAAAACCCAAAAUGCACAGAUCCUCACGUGAAGGCAAACGCGCUUCUUCAGGCGCAUUUCUCGAGGCAAGACAUACCCGCGACCUUGGUAAUGGAUCAGCGCGAGGUCCUUCUCUCUGCAACCAGACUUCUUCAAGCGAUGGUCGAUGUGAUAUCGAGCAAUGGCUGGUUGAAUCUUGCUCUGCUAGCGAUGGAAGUAAGCCAGAUGGUGACUCAAGGCAUGUGGGAGCGGGACUCCAUGCUUCUGCAGCUCCCUCACUUCACAAAGGACUUGGCCAAAAGAUGCGUGGAGAAUCCGGGGAAGAACAUUGAAACCGUGUUUGAUCUUGUGGAGAUGGAAGACGAAGAACGCCAAGAGCUUCUCAAGAUGAAAGACAGUGAGCUUCUAGACAUUGCCAGAUUCUGCAACCGAUUCCCCAACAUCGACCUCACUUACGAGGUUGUGGACAGCGAAGAGGUGACACCUGGAAAAGAGGUUUCACUGCAAGUGAUGCUCGAGAGAGACAUGGAGGGGAGGACAGAAGUGGGACCUGUGGAUGCACCUAGGUACCCCAAGACCAAAGAAGAAGGGUGGUGGCUGGUUGUUGGGGACACCAAGACGAACCAGUUGCUGGCAAUCAAGCGUGUCUCGUUGCAACGGAAAUCGAAGGUGAAGCUGGAUUUCACAGUACCGAGUGAACCAGGAGAGAAGUCGAGUACUCCUUCUCUGUUGAUGUCAAAGAAUCUGGCGCUGGAGAUCACAUGGAAGAGUGAUUUGUUUUUCAGGCCUGCUUCUGGAGAGUGA